AUGAACCAUCUGAGUUCACUGUCUAGGACUAUGAGAGAAUACAGUCGAAAGAAAUCUGUUAAGUAUGGUGUACCCUUCAUUUUAUUUAUAGUAGGAGGCUCUUUUGGACUUAGAGAAUGGACUCAACUUAGGUACCAAUUUUCACAAGUAAAAGGGGUGAGUAAAGAAGAAGCUGAAAAAAUGGGACUUCAUAAGGCAAGGGAGGUUACCUUGGAAGAAGCUUAUGAAGAAAUACAAAACCUAGACAUUGAUAAUUGGGAAAAUAAAAGAGGGCCAAGACCUUGGGAAACUAAUGAAGAACAAAAAUAA